GGGCCGGUGGCGCGGCCAUGGCGGAGCGGGACGGGGGCGGCACGGGCAGCGCCCCGCCGGCCGCGGGCGGCGGGAAGAUGUCCCUGCACAGAUGUGAAACCUGUAGCAAAGAAGAAGCUAAAUACAGAUGUCCACGAUGCAUGAAAUAUUCGUGCAGUCUGUUGUGUGUAAAGAAACAUAAGCUUGCACUGAGCUGUAACGGAGUCAGGGAUAAAACAGCCUUUGUCUCUGUAAAUGAAUUUACUGACUUGAACCUUUUGAGUGAUUAUCGUUUCCUGGAAGAUGUAGGAAGGACAGCUGAUGCUGCUGCUCGACAUUGUAUUGUGCAUAGUCCAGCAACAAAAAGACUUUUACAGUGCUUGAGAAACAAAGCUCGAGGGUGUAAUAUUGAGCUGAAAACACUGCCUGUGGGAUUUACAAAAAGAAGAGAAAAUUCAACCACGUUCAAUUCCACGGAGAACAAGUUCUACUGGCAUUUGAAGCUCGUAUUUCCUCACUGUCAUGCUGAGUACACUUUAAAACGGGUGCCUGAUGAUAAAACACUCACUGAUAUCCUUAAGCCGUACAUUGAUCCAGUGGAGUCAGAUCCUGUAGUUUGUCAAAGAUUAAAAAUCUAUACAGCAUCUCCUCAGUCAGAUGUACAAAUUUUAAUGAAAAUAGAAAACAGGAGCCGAAACUCUGUCAGGUACAAUGAACUGGAUGCCAGUAGAAGCCUCUUAGACAAUUUGAAAGGCAAAGUAAUAAUUGAGUAUCCAACAUUAUUUGUGGUCUUGAAAACACUGAAGAAUGACAUGGUGGUUCUUGGCAAAGAUGGCAGUGAACCUGUAGAGAACUCGGACAGUGAAAGUUCAUCUAUUUCAUCUGUGGAGGAAGGGGAAAUUCGGGACAGUUCAUGACGGUGCUUUGAGAGGAGAGGGUGGAAUGAGCUUUUUGGGUUUUUAAUUAUUUAAUUAAAUGAUUUUUUAUACAACUGAAUUCCUAGAGGUUUGGUUUAACUUUCUUCGCUAAAGUGCCUGCCUAUUUUUGGAUUUAGUAAUGCAUAUUUAGGGAUGUAAAUAAAGAGAUGGGGAAUUGCUGGUUCCAGAAAAAAAAAUAUAUUCUUAUUUAAUUGCAGCCUUCAAUUGCACCAUUGUUUUUCAUUUUUUUCAUUUUCCUCUAUCAAGCUCAGUGUCUAACUUCCAGGUUUAAAUAUCUGACCACAUAUUUGUAUUUUAUGUGGAUUUGGGUCUUAAUGCUUGAACUUACUGAAGAAAAAUGAAAUUAAUUCUAAUGAAAUCAAUGUUUCAUUAGACAUAGACCCUGAAAAGGGUCUUUUGUUACUUUUGACUUUAGUCUUUUAUGGUGACAUUUUGUGUGCUUUGGUGCAAUACUUUUUUUGUCUUACUUGGUUGCAUUGUUGUUUAAUAUGUUAAUGGACAGGUGUUUUCAGGGUGGCUUGUUGCUGUAUGUUUAAUCUUCUACCUGGAUCUUCUACGUUAGCGUGGGGUUUAAAAUCAACAGAAUUGGAUGCAUAGAGUGGCACUGAUGCAAAUAUACUGCACUUCUAAAGAA